AUGAGAAACCCGGAGCAUAGGUCAAGACGGCUGCUGUUCAAGAAUGUGGCCAACACAGCCAGCACAGUGGUUACUACUACCCUCCAAACACCCACCAAAGAGCAAUUUGACUUGGUGCUUACCGAUAAACAACAGAGGCUGAAUGACACGAUAAAUGCCAGAACAAUAACUCCUUCGCCGAAGUAUACGCUUAACUUGAACCAUAAGCCGUCAAAAUUGGAUUUAAUUGAUAGUUCAUUCACGUCUUUCCCAUUGGCUCCGCCCAGAGACAAUGAAACUGGGCAGGACUCCACGGUGUCUUCUGAUAUGGACGCCACGCCAGAGCCCAGAUAUGACUCUCCUUCCAUCAAAAAAAGAAUCCUAUCCACCUACUUGAAAGAAUUGAAAAGGAAUUCUUCAAGGCAUGAUGAGGACAUCACUUUGGUGGAAGAUUACAUCCCAAUGCCCAAGACGCUGGGAAAGAAAAGAGUUUCCAUUGUGGAUUUCAAACAGAGAAUGAAACGACAUCACACACAAAGCACAAUAUACGACGACUCUGGGAAUUGCCACCAACCAUCUAUAAUACCAGGGUUAUUCCAAUCAUCAUCAUUUGCAUCAUCAUUAACUCCCUUUGGGACUUCCAUUAACGAACUUCAAAAACCUCUUCAUGUCGACAAAUUCAACGAAACAGACCUCAAAUAUUGUGUUAUUUGUGAGAAGCCACUUUAUGAUCUCAGUUCACUGAUCCAAAACUGUCCAUAUAAGGAAAUUGUGUGUUCUGAUUGCAGAGCUAACUAUGAAGUAUAUUUCAAGGUUUUAGAGCAACUGGAAGCUGAAGAGGCAAGUAAUGGGUAUGACAGCGACGAUUCGAGGUUUUUCGUGGAGGAAAUGCCACCAGAGCAAUCUAAAGAGUAUCAGUUGAUUCAAGGGCUGAGGAAGAUCAAGGCUAUGGAUGAUCUUAGACGAGUCCAAUCACUGGACGAAAUUCAACGACGAUUUGGGGAAAAGGGAAACCUUUGGGAAUACAUUAAGAAUAGAUUAAAGAAACAGUGA